UCACUUCUAAGAGCUGGGUGAAAAUCAAGUGCAAAAAUCUUAUCUCCAAUAUUUUCUUCAUUUUGGGUGCCAAAGUGAUUAAAUAAGUCUUGUGAAUGAAAAAUUCUAUUGUGAAUUCGUUCUAGCUUCUCAAGUGCGGUGAAAAAUUGUUCAUGAAUAAAUUGCAAGCCUAAAAGCUGCAUUGAAAUCAUUACUUUUAUAAAUUAACUUGGGACUAAACAAAAACUUAAAAAAGUGAAUUUGGAUUCUUUUUCUUCAUUCUUACAAUUCCAUAUUGAACUGAACAAAUCAAAAAGAGAUUUUAAUGGCAUGGUUUAUAAGUAGAUAACCCGUUUGUACAAAGGUUCAUACAAAUUGCUGACAAUGAAAACAAAAAACUAAGUUUAAGCUUGCUCUCAGAGUUUACGAAAAAGAACAAACAUUUUCGACCAAGCUAAUGAUCAUUGUCACUGCUGCCUUCAUCGAAAACAAUCGAAUCGUUAUGCAAAAGCUUUCAGUAUUGUGCAGCAAAUAUCACCGACACAUAACGGCUGUAAAAAUGAAGCAAAGUACGAUAACUGCUCAGUUGCUCCAAACCACAAUCACCAGCCCGUUCAGUUCACUCAAAAGCCGUUAUUUCGAACGGGAGCCGACGAUUGUCUUCUAGCAGUAUUUAUGCUUAUGAGCAAUUAUAUUUUAAACAUGAGUGAAGAAUUUUUGCAAACAAGUUUCAUUUAUAUAAACAUCGAUAAUUACGUUUUCAUAGGGAACUGGAAGUGCAAAAUUGUUUCCUGUACAUUCGUCAAACACCAUGUUGUAGUGCAAAGAGUUUGGAGAUUUGUUACAUUGUCUUCGUUGACAUCACUAUGCUGUUUGAAAAUUUGCAUUGCAACGAAAAACUUAUAUUUUGUUUCAAUCGUUGAACUGAUUAGGUUAUGCAGGUGCUGUACAAAAAAGCAUGAUACAAUAUCAAAAAGGAAAAAGAUUGUAUGUUUAAAUAGGGUAGUAGGAAGAACUAUUGGAUGGAAUAUUUUUUUGUAUCGAGUAACUCUCAAACAUAGCAAUGACGAUAGAUAUGAUACAUUCUGCAUAAAACAAACCAUAGGAUACCAUAUGCAUUUUGUCUAUGAGUACCGAACGCAUAUUAUGAAUGGAAUUGAUUACAUCUAUAAGGAAUAUACACAGGAAAAAGCAAAAAAAAUCUUGUAUGAAAACAUAAUGUUUUCAAUCUGCUACAAGAUAGACAAUUACACACUAGUGGAUCGUUCUAUCUAUACCACUAGCCGACAUGCGCCAUAUUUCUACGGGUGGCACACGCACACUAAGAACGGAAUUGAUUACAUCGAUAAGAAAAACACACCGGAAAUCAAAAGAUCACUUUUGAAUAAUAAGACGCCGUAUUCAGUUGGUUGCAGACUACACAAAACCAUUAGAAAUACGCAUCAAACUUUUCUUUUGAAUGCUUAUAAUCCCAAGGCACGUUUGAGGAAUACUUCAUGCUGGCUUCACGACAUUAAAGAACUCCUCCAAAGGACUGCUAUAUAUGUUGCAUCCAGGCUUAUAUUACCAACUAAAAAUUGGCAAGUCAUUCAACUUCGUCUGUUAAUAUUUCUACUACUCUGGACACCGAUAAAUUCCGCUUCGUAUCAAAACAUCAAAUACAGCACAAACUUAAUUAAAACAAAAUAUGGACCGUUGAGAGGCAUUCUUCUGUAUUCAAAUCCAAUUGUAGAAGCUUUUCUUGGAGUUCCAUAUGCGUCACCACCAGUGGGUAGUUUACGCUAUAUGCCACCGGUGACACCUUCCACGUGGAAAGCGACACGAUUGGCGGACAAUUUUUCGCCGGUAUGCCCGCAAGCAUUUCCUAGAGCUAAAUAUGGAUACGAUUCCACUGCCGAACACAGCCGUAGGCGACUCUCUCAAUUGCGACGACUGUUACCACUUCUAUCCAACCAAUCUGAAGAUUGUCUUUACCUAAAUUUGUAUGUUCCGAGAUCUGAAGACUCAGUGGAGCCAAGCGGAACGCUGAAGGCAACAAUAGUAUAUAUUCAUGGCGAAUCAUACGAAUGGAACUCAGGCAAUCCAUAUGAUGGUUCCGUGCUAGCGGCGGAAGGAAAUGUGAUUCUUGUUACAAUAAAUUUUAGACUAGGUGUAUUAGGUUUUUUGAAAACAGGGGCGAAAGGCAGUGCACAGGGUAAUUUUGGAUUGAUGGACUUGGUAGCCGCAUUGCACUGGUUAACCGAAAAUUUAUCAGCAUUCCAUGGGGAUCCAUCGCAAAUCACGCUGAUGGGCCAUGGAACUGGAGCAGCACUUGCAAAUAUAUUAGUCGUUUCACCCGUAGCUAGUGAUUUAAUACAUCGAGUUAUUCUACUGAGUGGUUCAGCAUUAUCACCAUGGGCAAUACAAAGAGAACCGUUGGCAGUAAAGAGAGUUGUUGCAGAGCAAACUGGAUGCCGACUAAACGUGUUAACCGAGGAUCUGGCUCCAUGUUUACGAACGAAAUCAGUUUCAGAACUUUUAGAAAUAGUACAAGAAAACCCCAGAUUUCUUCCUGGAUACGCCCCUUUUGUGGAUGGAACUGUAAUAAUAAAUCCAAACACAAUUCAUUUACGUUUCCCUGAGCUGCCAUCUGGCUCAGCUAUAACUAGCACAAAUGGAAUAGAAUUUGCCAACUUUCCAACACGACAACUGCUGUUCGGACUGACCUCAUAUGAAUCUUUUAAUGAUUUGAGUGCACAAGAUCUUGAGUUUGGCUUCAAUGAGACACGUCGUGAUCGCAUUCUUAGAACGUAUGUACGCAAUAUUUUUCACAUUCAUUUGAAAGAAAUUUAUUCAGCUUUGAAGAAUGAGUAUACCGAUUGGGAGCAUACUCCCAGAAAUCCAUUAGGAUAUCGUGACACAAUUCUUGAGUUGCUGAGCGAUGGACAUACUGCAGCACCGUUAGUUCGACUUGGUUAUUUACAUAAUCUGUUGAAAGGAAAAUCAUACUUUUUACACUUUAGACAUCAAUCUGGCGAACGUGAGUUUCCUCAGCGCGGAGGUUCGGUUCGUGGCGAAGACGUGCCUUUCACUUUUGGACUUCCACUGUCACCAUUAUUUUCAACGAAUUAUACGGAGGAUGACAUACAAAUCAGUAGGAUUUUAGUGCGAUAUCUGACAAACUUUGCAAAGACAGGGGAUCCCAAUAUACUCAAAAAUACAAAUGAAAUGAGUUUAUACAAAAAUACCAAUGCAAGGAAGCUGACAUCUAUGAACCAAGCACCGACGCUUGGAGAACAAUUACCACUAAAGAAUAACCUUAUCCGGAGAUUAUUCCGAAGUUCUACAAAUUACAGCGAAAGAGCUGUUGUGAACAGUGGCGACGAAAGUGACGAAUAUAAUAAUAAUUGGAAUGCUUUUCUGAGGCCGUUGGCUGACAAACAGUCGAUUGACAGUGAGGAACACAACGACGGCGACGAUGAUGAUAUAACCAGAGACGAGUCUGAAAAAGCUUUACUGAAACUAGAAAAUUGGGAAACGUAUGACGCAAUAAAUCAAAUAUACAUGGAGAUAGGUAAGUCUGGGUGUAACGUUGCAAAACGUAGUCACUAUCGUGGCCAUAAAUUAUCAAUGUGGUUGAGUCUUAUACCUCAGCUACAUUCUCCAGAUGAUUCGGCCUACCUUCCAAUGCGUCACCACCACUUUACGGAAGUGAAGCCGGAAUAUUAUGACGGUAAAGUAAGAGAUGCGGUUUCCAUGCUGCCGAAGCUUAUAACCAUAGCUAAAACCACGACAAAGCCACAUAAGACUGAAUCAAAUGCUGUAUCAUUCGUACAGACAGUGCCAACAGAAUGCCCACCAAAUAUGACUGUGAUGCCACCGGUUGCAGCUACACAUCCUCAACGCAAUCAAAUGAACCCUAGCACACAAAAGGAUUCUGCCAUCCAGUCGGACAAUUCACAACUUGACACAAAUUCAACGGCGCUCAAAAUUACUGUUUGCGUGGGAUGCUUCUUGCUGCUGUUGAACGUUUUUAUUUUUUCUGCUAUCUACUAUCAGAGAGAAAAACAUGCAAACUUGAACAAACAGCGAGAUACCGCCGCUGAUACAAGUUCAAACUCUCCGUUACCUUCGUUGGAUGAUCAAUUCAUGCAGCAGAAAUCCCUUACAAGUUUGAGAGCGGAACAUAGUUCGUCGACUAGUAACAUCAAUUGUUCUGAGUCCAAUACCUUUGAGAAGCAUAACUGCUAUGAGAAACAAGCAUGCACGAAAAAGAAAUGUAUUUUAGUGGAUGUAAGCAGAUCAGACUUGCAAAUGAAGGAGUGUUCGUACGCAUCACCACGAGGGUCAACAAGUGGGAGUAUACAGCGCUCGACUACCCCAGAAACGUACAAGGAAAUGUUGAACGAAAAUGUGACAGCAACUGCAACCUUUUCUUCUCAACCAUCAUCAUUAUCAGACUCUUCAUCCAUAACAACCAUUUCAUGUCUUCAAAUGCGGAAAAAUUCAAGCACUUCUACUUGUGCUCCAGAAACCCAAGAAAUUGGCACCACAGUUGACGAAGCUGACCUGGAGUUUAGUGCUCUGUUAAUGGAACAACCAUCGGCUCCUACUCGUUCAAUCGGCUUUCAACAAGCAGGUAUUUUGCGACAGCAAGCCAGUUCUAUCAAUCAUGGGUCCGCCAAGAAACGUGUUCAAAUACAAGAAAUUUCUGUAUGAUGUACAAAGAAAGAAUGUUCUUCCGAAAAAUCGCUCAUUACAAACAUCACGAUUUUCUGCGUCCAAUGAUACUUCCAGUAUUCAAAUACUACGUUAAUCGAUAAAUAAAUGUAACAAAAUAUUGUA